AAUAGCUUAUCAGUUCAAGGCCGACGCGAUAAGGGAAACUUUUUUUCAGAUCGGUCGUUACGGAGCUUUGUUACUAGCUGGUUGCGAUAGCCUCAAGAAUUCUGUUUUCUGACAUUUCUUCCCGCAACAGACUCUGAUGAGUUUGCACACAAUUUGUUGAACCAAACCGCCAGUUUGGCAGUUCAUCCGCAUUCGUCACUUGCCCAUCAACUGGUUUGCCACAUCCGGCAACCCAUUUGCCCGCCAUGGCGCCUGCAGCAACGAAGACGGAGUGGGAUCACGAAUACAACACUUUGCGCCGAGAGAAGCUAUUCCGAAACCCACCGCAAGAUCACUCGGCAUAUCCCCUUCUACAGCUCGCUGUGAAUCCACACAUUGAGUCUUUCGAUGCCGUCUUCGAGCCCGACGGUCUGCUAGCACGGGGCCUUGCCGACAUUGGCACCAAAGUUUUGCUCGAUGGCGACAGCAGAGCUUCCCCUGCUGGGAGGAACCGCCUUCAGCUUCGGUACAGGAGCGUGCAUCUACAGAAGUCUCAAGUUCCGCCUGCCAACAAAUUUGCACGCAACCGUGAAAUCCUGCCAGCCGAGUGCAGAGAAAGGCACGUGUCGUAUCGUGGAAAGUUGUCGGCAGCCCUUGAGUAUCGAAUCAAUGGCGGCGAUUGGCAAGAGUUUUCCCGAGAGCUUGGUAACCUCCCUAUUAUGAUCAAGUCCAAGCACUGCCACCUCAGGAACAACACCCCGGCCCAAUUGGUAGCGAGAAAGGAAGAGUCGGAGGAGCUUGGUGGCUACUUCAUCGUCAACGGUAACGAGAAGAUCAUCCGGUUACUUCUUAUGAACCGCAGAAACUUUCCAUUGGCCAUUGACCGUCCAAGUUUCGCGAACCGUGGUCCUUCUUAUACUUCAAAGGGUAUCAUUCUGAGAUCCGUUCGACCGGAUGAAACCUCGCAAACAAACACACUCCACUACUUGAACGAUGGAAACAUCACAUUCCGUUUCUCAUGGAGAAAGGCCGAGUACCUGGUACCCGUUAUGAUGAUUCUCAAGGCCUUGGUCGAGACCAAUGAUCGAGAAAUCUUUGAGGGCCUCGUCGGCUCUCCUGAUUCAAAGGGCAUCGAGAACACCUUCUUGACUGAUCGUGUCGAACUCUUGUUGCGCACGUACAAGUCUUACGGCCUUUACACAAAAGCACAGACUAGAGCCUACCUUGGUGAGAAGUUCAGGCCUGUGUUGGGUGUUUCGGAAACUCUGUCAAACUAUGAAGUGGGCACGGAGUUUUUGAGGAAGAUAGUGCUUGUUCACCUUGGAAACGUAAAUGUUUCAGAAGAGCAAGAUUCGGACAAAUUCCGACUUUUCCUCCUCAUGAUUCGCAAACUCUAUGCCUUAGUUGCUGGAGACUGCGCUGUCGACAAUCCUGAUGCAGUUCAAAAUCAGGAAAUCCUUCUCGGCGGUUUUCUCUACGGUCAAAUCUUGAAGGAACGUUUGGAUGAGUUGAUUUCUGGUGGGCUGAGCUUGGCCUUGCGAGAAUACUUCAGAAAGCAUCCUGGCAGGACGUUCACGUCACAGGAGUUCCAGGCCGAUUUUCCAGCAAAGAUCUUUUCCAGGACCACUGAAAACCUGGGUAACAUGCUGGAGUAUUUUCUGUCGACUGGUAACCUGUCCAGUCCUUCUGGUCUGGAUUUGCAGCAAGUUUCUGGGUUUACUGUCGUCGCUGAGAAGCUCAACUUCCUCCGGUUCAUCAGUCACUUCCGCAUGGUUCACAGAGGCAGCUUCUUCGCCCAAUUGAAGACUACAACGGUGCGAAAGCUGCUGCCCGAGUCCUGGGGUUUCCUGUGUCCUGUACAUACGCCUGAUGGUGCUCCUUGUGGCUUGCUCAACCAUCUCGCCCACAAGUGCAAGAUCAUGACAGAGUCUGUCGAUGCUUCCGCCAUCCCACAGCUGGCAGCCGAGCUUGGAGUCGUUGACACUUCUUCUGCUGCGACAACUGAGAGUGUUGUCGUGAUGCUUAACGGCAAAAUCAUUGGAUGGUGUAAGCCAACAGAGUCUCGAAGAAUAGCAGACACCUUCCGUCACUGGAAAGUCGAAGGUUCCCACGGUGUUCCGCUGCAUUUGGAGAUUGGAUUUGUCCCGUCAUCCAACGGUGGCACAUAUCCUGGUAUCUUCAUGUCUUCCGAGCCAGCCAGGAUGAUUCGCCCGGCUAAGUAUCUUCCUCUGGAGAAAGAGGACUUUGUAGGACCGCUCGAGCAACCAUAUAUGUCAAUCGCCUGUACGGAACCAGAAGUUGUCUCCGGUGAAUCGACGCAUGUCGAGUUUGACCCUACUAACAUGUUGUCCAUUCUGGCCAAUAUGACUCCUUUCUCUGAUUUCAACCAGUCUCCCAGAAAUAUGUACCAAUGUCAGAUGGGUAAACAAACCAUGGGAACGCCCGCCACAGCGUUACGAUACAGGACCGACAACAAGAUGUAUCGCCUUCAGACUGGUCAAACGCCGAUCGUCAGAGCGCCUCUUCACAACGCCUAUGGAUUCGAUAACUUUCCGAAUGGCACAAAUGUCGUCGUUGCUGUCAUCUCUUAUACAGGUUAUGAUAUGGACGACGCCAUGAUUAUCAACAAGUCUGCGCAUGAACGUGGAUUUGGACACGGUACUAUCUACAAAACAAAGAAGAUUACUCUAAAGGAAGAAAAUCGCACCAAGUCUGCCAAAAAUAUCACCAAGCUUUUUGGUCAUGCGCCAAACACUCUCCAGAAGGGUUGGGAACGUACUCAGCUCGACGAAGAUGGUCUACCAUUCAUUGGACGAUGUGUUCAAGAAGGCGAUCUUCUUUGUGCAUGGCAUACAGUUUCCGCUGAUUACAGUGGCAACCUAGUAAACCGAGACGGCAUCACUCAUUACGAAAAGUAUAAGGACACUGAGGUAGCUUUCAUUGAAGAAGUUCGGGUCAUCGGUAGUGAGUCAGGCACCGAGCCAAUGCAAACAAUCUCGAUCAAGCUACGCAUUCCUCGUUCCCCAGUCAUCGGAGACAAAUUCUCGUCUCGUCAUGGGCAGAAGGGUGUUUGUUCGCAGAAGUGGCCGACGAUCGACAUGCCAUUUUCCGAGUCCGGCAUUCAACCUGAUGUCAUUAUCAACCCACACGCUUUCCCGUCACGAAUGACCAUCGGUAUGUUCGUCGAGUCGUUAGCCGGUAAAUCUGGUGCUCUUCAUGGCUUGGCACAGGAAUCAACACCAUUCAGAUUUGAUGAAGACAACACAGCUGCAGAUUAUUUCGGUCACCAAUUGAAAAUGGCGGGAUACAACUACCAUGGAAACGAGCCUUUGUACUCAGGUAUCACGGGCGAAGAAUUUGCAGCUGACAUCUAUAUUGGUGUUGUCUAUUAUCAACGUCUGCGUCACAUGGUGAACGACAAGUACCAGGUCAGAACAACAGGCCCCAUCGUGCCAACCACUGGCCAGCCUAUCAAAGGAAGAAAGCGUGGUGGUGGUAUUCGUGUUGGUGAAAUGGAGCGAGACGCUUUGUUGGCACACGGUACUGCGUUCCUGCUCCAAGAUCGAUUGAUGAACUGCUCCGACUACUCGCGCUCGUGGAUCUGCCGGAAGUGUGGCUCAUUCUUGUCAAUUCAGCCCACUGUUUCACCAUAUGUCGGAAAGAGGAAGACUGUUAGCAGCGUUCGAUGCAGGAAUUGUGCUAAGCGUAUCGAUGAGUUGGACGAUGUUGAUAUCAGCAAGAUUGCUGGCGAGAUAUGGGAAGAUGGACAAGGUAACCAAUGGGUUGGUGGCGACCAGACCACACUCGUUGCUGUGCCUGGUGCUUUGAAGUAUCUUGACGUAGAGCUCGCGGCUAUGGGCAUCAAGCUGAAGUAUAGAGUCGACCCCAAGGAUGCCCCACGCAAAGGGCCACUCGUGCAAACAACAUGGGAUGCGCUUGGAGCCGGCAAGAAGGCAAACGGCUUACAACCAGCACUGGUUGCAACAGAAUAGUGUUUGUAAGACGAAAGUCGCGGAAGCACAUGGAGCAUUAACGUUAGAUGGCGUUCAAAACAUAGUGUUUUAAUGAGCCUGGAUCUCGCAUUGACUGGUUUGGGACUUGAUAGAUGUCAAUAUAGCUUGUACUGUUGCUAAAAAUUGGAAGAUUUCAAUCUUAUUAGAGACAAUUUG